UGGAAAGUUUCUGAGCCUUCAGAGAUGGAGGGAGGUUGCUGGAGGAUGCCCCUGAUGGUGCUGAUGGUCCUGACUCUGGCGGUGACCCUGGGCCACUUUCAGCACUGGGGUGGCUUCCAGGAGAAGCCAAUGAGCAAGAAGAACAUGAACUCCACACUUAACUUCUUCAUUCAGUCAUACAACAACAACAGCAACGACACCUACCUGUUUCGGGUGCAGAAACUCCUCCGGAGUCAGAUGCAGCUGACCACCGGAGUAGAGUACAAGGUCACGGUGAAGAUCGGCCGCACCAAGUGCAAGAGGAGUUCCAGAACAAACUCUUCCUGUCCCCUGCAGAAAAAGAAGUUGAAAAAGAGUUUGAUUUGUGAGUCUCUGAUCUACACCGUGCCCUGGAUUAAUUAUUACCAGAUGUGGAACAAUUCCUGCCAUGACAACUGAGUGUUGGUGUGAAGACCUUUGAUGAGGCCCCAGAUAGCUGUGUGGGGCUCUGGCUGUCAUAAAAUUCUAAAGGA